AUGACUAUCUUGAUACCGCUACUCGCGGCUGGGGCAGCUGUGCUGAUAGGCACCGUGACGCUGCUCUAUAUACACGCGCCCAAAACGCUAUACUCCUCCGAGGCGGCACACCAGCAUCGACUCCUCCCGAUCCUCGCCUCGCUCCGGACGCGUCCCCUUGGGUCCAAGCUCUCCCUGCACCGCCGUACCCUCGACAGUAACACCAUCCGGAACUCCUCUCACAAAUCUUCAUACUCCUACUUCCCCGUCGACCUCUCCUCAUUCCACCAUAUCCUCGAAAUCAACCCCAGCGGGGGAUACGUCCUCUGCGAGCCAGGCGUACCAUUCGGGGAUCUCCUGCGCGAGCUGCUCAAGGUGGGAAUGACCACUCUGGUCGUUCCGGAGCUACCGGGAAUCACUGUCGGUGGGGCUAUAGCGGGAGGCGGGCUGGAGAGUUCUAGCCACCGGUAUGGCCAAGUGAGCGAUACGGUGUUGGAGCUGGAAUGCCUCACUCCGGAUCUACGGGUAUGCUCCCCCUCGGUCGAUCCGGACCUCUUCUACGCCAUCUCGGCCAGCUACAAUACUGUCGCGCUCAUGACGCGGGUCAAGCUCCAGAUUGCGCGGGCACCGGCAUACGUCUCGCUUCAGGCGGAACGGUACUCUUCCUUCUCAUCCGCGGUCGCAGCCCUCCAAUCGUCAACCUCGGACACGGUGGAAGGCAUCGCUUACUCAUCUACCGAUAUCCUCGUCGUUCGCGGUACACACACCAGCACCCCUCGCUCCCCUAUCCGCCGGUUCAGCCGGCACUGGGACAAAUGGUACUACAAGUCUAUCCAUUCCCAGCUCGCCAUGACGGUCCCGUAUGCCGACUACUGCUUUCGGUACAACUACGGUUCGUUCUGGAUGGCCAACUACGUCCUGGACAUGCUGGGUGGAGACAACCUCUUUACGCGGUUCAUGGUCGGCUCGUUCCUCGAUACAAAGCACCUCUUUGCGGUGCUACAUUCGUCGGAUCUGACGGAUCUGGGGCGGAUGCGGGUCAUUCAGGAUUUCUACGUCCCGGCGGAGAAGGCGGUAGAAUUUCUUGAGGAGGCGGAGAGGGAGGUGGGAGUGUACCCGCUCUGGCUGUGCCCAAUCAAGGGGACCAGUACCGGCCAGCUCCUCGCGAGCCAUCACUCCACGGCGGAAAAGCAAUUCAUCAAUGUCGGGAUAUACGGUCGACCCCGCCAAUUCCCCUUCAACCCCCAAACCCUCCAUUCGAAGCUGAUCGACCUGCUCAUUCAGUCCGGCGGACGGUCCAUGCUUUACGCCCAGACAUGGCAUAGCCCGGAGCAGUUCCAGGCGAUGUACGGGGAGGCGCUGAAGGCGGUCGAGGGUGUGAGAAGGUCGUAUGGGGAGGAAGGGUGUUUCUUUGGGCUGUAUGAGAAGGUGGGGCUGAGCGAGAGGGACAGGGAUGAGCUAGGCAGGCCGAUGAGGGGAAGUGAAGCUGAGGAGACGCGGAAGGUGGUGAGGGACAUUCUGGGCAAGAAGCUGGGAUUAUGGUAG